CCAGUUUUCUGAAAUUUGACCGGAUCACAGGAGAGGGGGAGGGGGCUGCCGAAGGUCAGUGCUCGACCAGUGGUGUAUAAAUAAGCGGGAUCCUGCCAUCCUCACUACUGGCUCCUUGCGUCUCGUCCGCCAACAGCACCAACAUGAAAUACUUCGCCGCCGUAGUCCUGCUCGCCGCCGCCGCUGCCGCCGCAACAGUGCCGGCCAACUACGUGUACCCUGCCCAGCCUGCCGCGGGCGUGUACCCUGGGGUCCAAGUCAAAGCAUAUAGCCCUGCUACAGCUGUGUCCAGUGCCUACCUGAACCGCCAGUACGCCGGAGUUGUCCAGCCUGCUUAUAGCCCCGUAGCGUACUCCGGCCAACUGGCGUACCCCCAGCCUGCCGUCGCUUACGCUGGCCAGCCCACCUACGUCCAGUCCCCUGUCUACCCUCAACCCGCCUACGUCGCCCAGGCUGUCCACGUCUGAACAAUGACUUGAUACUCUCUCCAAACCCGUCCUUUCUCUCCUACAUCCCUUCUCCAUCCCCGGUGUGAAUGUGUGAGUGAAUGAUAAAAAUAAUAAAAAAACUGUGUUUACACAA